GUUUGGGCACCGAGCAGGAGUUGGUGGCAGCGGUUGCGGUGGCACUGACGAAAGGCAGAGAAGGGCAGGCCGUGUGAGCAGGUGGACCCGCUGAGCCCAGCAGACAGCCAGCCAACAGCGAACUGACCUAGCAGUCUACCACUUAGCAUCUAGCCAACCAAACCAGUUCACCCGCGCCCCUUCACCAUCAACUCAGGUUCGGCCGGCCCCGGCCCGCCUUCCGCAGCCGUCGUGGCAGCCCCGGGAGGAGCACUGGCGUCCUUUUCCUUCGAUCCUCAGGAUUUGAAGAUGGCUGCACAGUCCGCACCGAAAGUUGUGCUAAAAAGCACCACCAAGAUGUCUCUAAAUGAGCGCUUUACUAAUAUGCUGAAGGACAAACAGCCGAUGCCAGUGAAUAUUCGGGCUUCGAUGCAGCAGCAGCAGCAGCUGGCCAGUGCCAGAAACAGAAGACUGGCCCAGCAGAUGGAAAACAGGCCCUCUGUCCAGGCAACACUAAAACUUAAGCAGAGCUUAAAGCAGCACCUGGGUAAGAGUAACAUCCAGGCACGGUUAGGCCUACCCACAGGGGCCCUGGCCAGGGGAGCGAUCGGAGGAGGAGGCCUACCGCUAAUCCAGAGCGGCUGGCCUAGAGGAGGACUACGUGGGGGACGUGCCACAGGAACCCUACUUAGGGGCGGGAUGUCGCUCCGAGGUCAAAACCUGCUCCGAGGUCAAAACCUGCUCCGAGGUGGACGAGCCGUAGCUCCCCGAAUGGGCUUAAGAAGAGUUGGUGUUCGAGCUGGUGGAGGUCCUGGGCGAGGGUGCCUAGGGCGUGGAGCUAGGGGUCGUGGCGGAAUCGGUGGUAGAGGUCGGGGUAUCAUAGGUCGGGGAAGAGGGGGCUUUGGGGGCCGAGGCCGUGGACGAGGAAGAGGUGCCUUUGCGCGCCCUGCACCGAGCAAGGAACAGCUGGACAACCAAUUGGAUGCGUACAUGUCGAAAACAAAAGGACACCUGGACGCAGAGUUGGAUGCCUACAUGGCACAGACAGAUCCUGAAGCCAAUGAUUGAAGCCUGCCUUCCCUCCUCUGAGAGACUUGUUGAAAAGUUACCACAUCUGUAAAUAACGGUGAGAUGACAUUAGAAGAGCCCACCUGACUGAUGCUGGAAGGACCUAUCACAAUAGACUGCGGACUUGCUUGCCACCGGUGUGUGCAUUUAGUGUGUUCCUUUUACUUUUUUGGUAACUAUUGUAUGAAACCCUUUUU